AUGAGUUGGCAGAAGUUAGCCGGGAGGCCAGCCCGAAGCAUUGAAACCAAGCCGCAAAGACUAGCUUCAGCGUUCGGGCGGCCAGACCUUCUCCGACUUCGGCAACUUCGGUGUCUUGUUCUGGAGAGGGAGGACGUGAUCUGGCGGCCAGUGCUUCGACUUCUUCUACCUUCUUGGGGUGAGUUUCCUGACUGCUUCCGCACGACCACACACUGUGCUCUGAUUUGCCCCUCUCCUGGCUACGAUGGCGGCUCCCAUGUCGCUGAGGGGUCGGAGCCUGAUGUGGAUGUCGAGCCCAAGGCGGAUGUUGAGCCCAAGCUUGAGAAGAGGAAGCGAGAGAGAAAACGAGAAGCCAAGGCAGUCAAGGGACUUUCGCCUAGUGCGAAGCCGGUGCCUGACACGGACGAAGAGGAUGAAGAGUUUGACAGUCCUUCUAAGAGGGCAUCGACGGGGGGAGAACGACCUAUCUCAGCACGUGAGCUUCGCAAUCUCCUUUCCGAACAUCGUCAAGAGCUCAACAGAUCUUGGCACGUAUUCGAGAACCGCAUUGGGAAAGUUGAAAAUCUGCAGAGGAACCAGACAGGGGAGAUUGCCUCAGUUGCCGGAAGAGUCAAGAUCACUGAGAAGGAGAUGGUUGGCGUCAAGAAAAGUGUUAUCUCUGGGGAGAAAAAGAUUGAGCAGCUCGCUGAGGAUGUUGCCAACAUGAAGGUACAGCUUGAAGAGGUGAGACAGAAUGCCAAGACGCCACAACUUGAUGCAGGGAAACCUCCACAUGGUGCUGAGGGAGAACAUGCUGGUGGAGUUGGAGGGGACCCAUGGGCUGAGUACCUCCGCAAGAACCGCAUUGGGACGAGUGCCCCCGGUGUGUCCUCUGGGAACAUUCCGCCUGCUUCGAUGGGAGGAAAUGCUAUGGAAGCUGAUCGUCAUGACCAACUCAGUGAUGAAGACAAGAAAACGCUCAUUGUGGGGGGGUGGCUACAGGACACGAGAAAGAAUGUAAUUGAGGAGGAGUCCGCCGCGCUGUUGCAGAACCCUGAGAUCCGGCCCCUCCUUGACGUUGACAAGUUGGCCGUAUACGGUCCUCGUCGCAGCGUGGGCAUGCUUCGCUUCAAGUUGCGGGAGGAUGAGCAAACGUACGAGCAGCUUAAGACGAGGAUGUGGAAAGUUGUUAGGGCCGUGUCUCAACUCAAGCUGCAGGUUGCAAGCGCCAAGAACCUCGGGGAAGACAAAACCAUGUGGGCGUCCUUUGUCAAGACGAAAACCGCGCGAACGAGAUCCGCCCAUAUCAGCAUGGUCCGAAGAGUGUGCAUGGCCCUGGCAGCGGAUGCGAAGGAUGAAGCUGGUGGCGUCUUGAACCUGGAGCACACGCAAGUCGGUGCCUACGAUAUGGACUGGAACGCUGGGACGAUUUGGUGCGGGAUUCACAAAUUGGCUUCGUCAACCCACCGAUGUCCCCGAGACGCCGAGUCCAUCACGAUGACUGGAGGCUGGAUCAAUCUCGAUGCAGUCGGAUUGAAUGAGGAUUCCGGCAUGAAGAUCGUGCGGGAUGAAGUGCAAGUUGGUGGACAGUCUAAGACUCUCCAAGUUGCUUCUGAUGGUCCUAAGUGUGCAAGACACUUGUGGGGACGUGCUGGUCAAUGGAAUGUGGGAGGUCAAAAGCUUGAGCUUCUUGAUGAAGGUGGGAAGGACCUGGAUAUCUUGCUCGUGCAGGAGAUGACCAGGUCUGAUGAUGGGUGGGACAGUCUUGAUACUCCCCUCUUUCAUUGGGUUUCACAUCGGAAAUCUAACCAUUAUCGUGGAGUUGCCAUAGGAAUUGCCAACGACAAGCUAGAUUGCGUGAUCGACAAACGGGCCAGCAGCAGAGGAUUGUGGAUUCUGGCGAAGUUGAAAGGCUUAGGGCGGGUGGCACUGGGCACAAUGCAUGCACAUACCGGGGCCACGAACGCCAUCUACCAAGCUGCCAUCCAUGAUUUCGUCAACGCUUGCCCCAGAAAAUGGCGUCAAUAUCCUUUGUUGUGUGGGAUUGAUGCCAAUGAAGAAUUGAAGUGGCAUGAGGCCGAGCGGGGGUUCAGAGCAGAACCAUCAUGUUCUUCGACCAAUCUCGAUGAGGUCGUGCAUCAACUCUUGCAGCUAGGAGCCUCCCCUCUUCCUCCCGUUCGAGAUCAAUGGGACACUGCCACGCACUACCCGAGGGAUACGAGUCGCAAGGGCAGGCAGAUCGACAUGAUUGGCGCACGACAUCUUGACUGUGACUUAAUAAAGAUAGAUGCAUCGAGAAGGCACGUCAUUGGCAGCGACCAUGCACUUCUUCAUGUGUGCCUCUACUCUCAGACCCGCUUCGCCAAUCGAUGGGGGAAUGAUUCCAGGCCAAGAUACAUGAGCGGGCCCAUUCCUGAGGACACCAUAAUUGUCGACUCCAAGGACAUCACUGAACUGGCGCGGCAGUGCACAAGACCGAGGCUCGGGAAGUCGUACCGUGACGAUGAGGAAAUCAAAGCCAAGGCCAAGGAAGCGCGCUCCAUCGGCACAGCUAAAGCCUGGAAGGAUGUGCAUCGCCUUCGGAGGAGGGCAAAGCGUGAAUGGGAAAAGGGUCGACUUCGCGACAUCCUCCAUGGAGAUUGGCAUCAAUACAGAGCUCUGCAGCGUGAACGCACCAGAAAGAAGGGGUGGUGGGGAAAGAUGUUGGCCGAUCGCUCAUCGACCGAGAACACCUCUUUAGUGCACGAGCACCUGAAGCGUAAGCUCGUCAAUGAAUUCGGCCAAGAUUGGAAUGACAUUCUUCAACAGCAGAUCGAUUCAGUCCAUGUUGGGGAUGAGUUUGAGCGGUUCAGCGUUGUCGAUGUUAGGGAAGUCUUGAGCACGAUGAAGGUCAAUUGUGCCGUGGGUCCGGAUGGGAUCAGUGUGGCACUUCUUAGGGAGGCAAUGAGUCAUGAUGUCGUUGGACCUCAGAUUCUCGACCUUGUGAACCACAUCGUUGAAAAGCUCGAGUUCCCUGAGGAGUGGGAGGAAAACUUCCUGGCGCUCCUGGCGAAAUGUGAAAUACCCACCAAGGCGGGAGAUUUGAGACCAAUAUGUGUCAGCUCAGUCUUUCACAAAAUGAUCACGAAGCUCGUCUGUCAGCGAGCCAUGCCCAAGCUGCGGGUUGGUUCACGCAUCUCCGGAUGCGGCAAGGGACGACAAGCGGCGGACGUGAUUGGAACGAUCUCCCGAGUUCGAGAUGUUGCGCGGGAAUGGCAGCUACCAGUGUUGCUGUGUAAACUGGACAUCUCAGGCGCAUUCGAUCGUCUCGACCGGCAGAAGGUGGUUGAGUUCCUGAAGGCAAGAUUGGCAGACUGCGACAUGAGCCAUGAACUCAAGUACCUGCUGGCGCAGUUGAGAACCUAUCACCUCAAAGGGAUUGUCCCAGGUGGACAUGAAAUCGGCAUCUCGCCCAAUAUUGGCAUUAAACAAGGUGCACCGGAGUCGGCUGAGGUGUUUGGACUUGUCAUGAAUGACCUCCUCUCAGGCCUUGUUGAUCACCGGCUUUGGCAGCAAUUUGGUCGUCCGCUUACAGGCCUUGACCUUGAGCUCGUGUUUUAUCAGGAUGAUAUCUUCAUCGUUGAAUCUGAGCUUGGACGACUUUGCAAACGCAUCAGAGUUCUUGAAAGGUGUCUUGCGAAACAUGGCCUGCAUCUCGCGACUGAGAAGACCAAAAUUGUUGCAUCCGCCGCUUAUCGAGGAGCCCGUCAAGCCAAGGUGGGCGAUGCCCUGUUUCAAGUUGCCGGGAGACAUGAGUCGGUCAAGGUUUUGGGUCUCUCCUUCAACCUGCAGGAUUCCCCCUCGCAACAAGCCAAAGAACUUCUUCAUAGAACUCGUACGGCUGCCGCCACACAUCGUGACUUGUUGCGAGGAAGGGCUGGUUGGGGGAAGAAGGCAGACAUGGUACGCACCUUGGUCGAGUCCCAGUUCGCAUGGACGGGAGGAGCCAUUCACUGGAGUGCUGACGAUCUUCGGCAAGCUAACACCAUCCAACUACACACCCUUCGCAGUGCGUUCCGAAUGGGAAGACAUGAGGGCGAGAGUUGGGUCGAGUGGAAUGGCAGAUGUCGGAUGCCCAUGGCACUCACUGGCCUAAGCUCGCUGAACAAAGACACGUCUGGGAUUCUCUUCUUGGAAUGGGCAAUUACCUGUGACUUCAACUUUGACAUGAACCAAUAUUGCCCUCUCAACUGCGAGCUUCAUGUGAAGACCUUGGAGGCUCGAGACAAUCUGCAGUUCGCUCCCGCCUCCUACCACGUGCACUCCAUCCGCAUGGGACGUGCCGGGAUGACCAUGGCGUGGUGGUUUGGAGCUGCUCUUCUAGGGCUCGUUGUGGACGUGAGUGGAACACUGGGUGAAUGGUAUCGACCGGGCACCUGGGAGACCUUGCCUCCGCCUGGGACGUGGAUUACCUCACCCUGCUUCCACCCGUCCUUUGUGGACAUCGGCGCCUUCCUCUUCAUCGACGACGGCAUCGACUUCGUGGGCUUCGGCAUCCUCGUCUACGAUGGCAGCACCUACCUCCUUGACUUCGGUUUCCUCCUCUCCUUCUCCAGCGGGACCAACUAUCUCGACGCCGGCAUCUACUCAAUGGACGACGUCGAGUCCGUGGCCUGGGUCGUCCACCUCGCUGAAGAUUACCAGACAGUGGAGGCGAGCCCACCUCUGCCGCACGAGAUGCCUGUACCCUUUCUCACCCUGCCAGUGAUCCAGGAGGACGCUACCGAGAUCGCCGGAAUCUACGUGGCAGAGGUGCAACUGGUGCAGUACCAGCGGCUGAAACAGCUUCAUGCGGGAUCACCAGCAGAUUCGGACGAGUACGUGAAGGAGUGGAUCGGUGGCACCAUGCAAAUGGAUGAGGCACCGUUUGUGAUGCAGGGACCUUGUGUGUUGGCAUCUGGACCCGCGAUCAAAGGGGUGACCUUCUAUGGGGACAGCUUCUACGUUCGUGCGAACUUAGAUGGUGGAGAAGGUGAAUGUUCCACCACGGCGGGCGAAGAUGACACCAACAGUGGUGACAUUGCAGACGUGGACACCGAGAAUGACACCGAGCAGAGCUCAUCCUCGAACUCGACGCCAAGUGUUGGUUUCUAUCGACAUGGUGAGUGGCAAGCACGACCCCGUACACCAUGGGAACACCGCCAGCAUACCGGAGGACGAGGGCUGCAACGUACCCGCAAACAAGAUGAGAGGAUGCGAGCAUAUUUGGAAGGCAGAUGGAAACCUGCAUGGCUAGUCAAAUAUGCAAAGGAAAAGGAGGCCCGCCGUGGCAGAGAUCUACCCCAGGUACCAGAAGACAGUCCUCCUGCUCCAGAACCACGACACGAACAGACCAUGGAGCCACCCGCGCCUGAAGAACCUCAAGGUGAACAAUAUAACACUGACACCAGUGAUGAGUGGACAAACUGGUCGUGGGAUGCAUCGUGGCCGGCCAAUGACUGGUCGUGGAGUUGGCAAACUGGUCAAUGGGCAGAUGCUGAUUGGCAAGAUGACAGUGGGAACCCCCAAUGGUCUUGGGAUGGGGUCACAGCGUGGACAUCGCCGGUGUCAUCCACCGAUGAUCUCGCAGCCAGUCAGGCCGCAAGUUCCAGUACGAGCACAACAACCAGCGGAAGUAUGGAGUCCAAGAGGAGUGACAUGUUCAACGGCACCACCUUGACCAGCACAGUUUGGGGGGAUGAGUUGCCAUGGGGAACCGCACUCAGCUCCUCCUCUACAUCGUCGACCACUUCGCUGCCAAUCGGAGGAGUGACCCAGCCGUUCCCUGACCCGUGGAUGGACUGGGGCUGGAUCAGCACGUUGACAACCAGCAGCACGACCAUGGCGAGCGUUCCCCCCAACUAUGGUCUCUAUCCCGAAGUACGCCCUGCUCACCUACCACUGGGAGAUGAGGAUAACUUGAUGGCGAUCACUAACAGUGAGGUCGCCAUGCUUCAGGAAGCAGGAGUUCCCCGUGGACAGAUAACGAGAAUCACAAACAUGCUGGCUACACUUGAUGAGCAACAGCGACAAGGCCGCGGUCCGGUGUACGCCGCGUGUUGCAAAGACGACUUCGACCACGAGGUGUUCUCCCAGUACAAAGAGUUCCACGACAGGAACAAGAGCGAUGGCGUAUGUUUCUCUGGGGGAGGCAAUGGGCGGGCAUCUUUACGGACGGCCUGGAUGCGCAUCUGCUUACUCCUCUACAACCUGGAGAAAGUGAUGGUAUUUUGGGGAUGUCGAAGAUGGCUCGACUACCACCACUACCACCACCACCAUCACCUCGAUGAUGACUGCGACAUCCACCUCCUCUCCUACGUCGACGCUGACUGUGACAUCGGCCUCUCUGACCAUAUCGACGAUGACUUGGCCGGUUACCUCCUCGAGACCGAGACCGUCGUCCUCCUGGUGCCCGACGGAACUGGAGCGAUCUACGUGCUGGACUACCUCUACAACGACGUCAUCCUCUACUCAUGCGCCGUGGACGAUGACUGUGUCCACCUCACCGGCAUCGAGUUCGUCGUCUUCAUGGUGGAUGGAAUGCAACCUAACUUCGUAUUGGGAUGCAGUGGGGCGAACUACUUGCUGGACCACUUCUACAACGACUUCCUCCUCUGCCGGGAAGCCCUGAUCAAUGAAGCGAUAGAAGAGUCUUUGACAUGGAUACAGACUCCGCUCAGCGAGGUGCCCAUGAAUGCACGGCACUUUGAGGCGGUAAUCAUGUCGGUGGUCCACAGGGAGGCCGGAUUUGGGAUCCACGACCUGAAGUACCUCACCGAGACUGGCCACGAGGGAUAUUGGGUAGACGUCGACAUCGUACAGCUCGCCCACCUACACGUUUGGUUCCGUCGCACGUUCCCUCAGCACUUGAGCAAGUCGAACGCAGGGAUGUUCGUGGGGGGCUACGAAGCAAUGGAGGUGAGACUGGCGUCACUUCGAAUCCACGCGAUGGUCCUCAUGGCGUUCUUCCUGGCCUUCAUGUUGGUCCUCGUGAUCCUUCUGGGUCUGAUGCUGGAGUUCUCCGUGGAAGUCGUCGCCGUCUUACUCGCCGUCGACGUUCUGAUCGUGCUUUCGGUCGUGAGAGAAGUCGCAGUAGGGCGCGCAAGCUGCUGGAAGAGAGAGGCAGCGGCCUCUGCAAACUGCGUGCCAUGGCGCAAUGCCAUCUGGAAGAUCUCCAGGGCAGCGCCGUACACCCGGCCCACUGGACCCUUCAGCGCAUCUGCGGCCAACGCCAAGGGCGACCACACAGGGUCCAGCAUGUUCGGAAGCUGGCUCAGGGAUAACUGUAUCAUCGCCUACGGCAUCUUCCUCACAGAUCCGGAUGGCAGCGGCGGGACAGAUGCGGUGGCGUGCCUCAAUUCCAUUGCGACUUUCCUGCUCACCUACCAGUCGCAUAAGAUGGAGCUUGUCAUCAACGGCCACAAGAACGUGAAGGGUGAUGAGCAGACGUGGAUGGACCGGCCGCACAUCCGCUUCAUCGGUGAGACCGGGAAGGAGGACACGAAGUGGUACAACCACAAGCAGAACGAUGCACUGGGCUACUUCCUCUGGGCACGUACACAGCUUGCGCUGGCUGGGAAGAUGCCUCUGACAGGGGACCACCUGAAGCUCUGCGCACAGCUCUUCGAUUUCCUCCGCACCAUCGAGUGCUGGGAGGAUUUAGAUGCAGGGCAUUGGGAAGAGCACUCAGCGCAGCACGCCUCCUCUCUGGGUCCAGUGCUUGCAGCCGUCCGAAGCUUCAAGAAGGUCAUGGCAGCCAAUCCGGGAUGGAUAUUCCCGGGGAAGAGUGACACGCUAGAGGUUCUUGAGAAGAGCUUAGCUGCUUCCCUGAAGCAGAUCCUCCCCAACGAGGUAGUCAAGCCGAGGGCGAAUGCAAAGGAUGCUGACGGAGCGCUCAUCUUCCUGUGCUAUCCCCUGGAGGUCGUGGACGAUGCGAUGGGUGCCCUUAUCCUCCAACAGAUGGAAAAGAUCACGGGCCACAUCGCAGUAUGCCGAUAUCGCAAGGACAGCUACUGGUGCAAGGACUACAAGGUCCCUCUCUUUCUUUCACAGGUAGCCAUCGCCGCGGACGUGAAGGGGACUGUGUACGUGCGGAGACUUCUUGGGCGUUGUGAACUCACUGCCUUGACCGUGUGCAUCUGUUACUACGAGUACCUCUUCUUCAUCUCCCUCCUUGUGCCGAUUGGCUCACCGACGGAGCUUGCUGAGUCGAGUGAGGAGGAGAAGACAACUGGUGCCAUGGACACUGAGGUGAAGCAGGAGAAGCGGAAGCGAGAAGUGCGUGCAGCUGCGACUCGUGGGCGACGUGGUCGAGGUCGAGAUGCUCGGGCAGGAACUGAUGGAGUUCACGGAGCAGUCAGUGGUGAUCUUGGGACUUCGGAUGAUGAAGAUGAAGAGAGCCCCAGCAAGCGUGCUCAAGUUGGUGAUCCACCUCUCAGCGGGAACGAAAUGCGAGAGCUGCUGUUUGGGCACAUGAAAGAUAUGAAAGAGGCGUGGAGGACCUUUCAAGGGAGAAUGGAUAAGGUCGAAGCUGAGCAGUUGCAGCAGAGCCACGAGAUGAUCAACAUUCGGACACGCACGAGCGCCAUUGAGAAGGACAACCUGACGAUGAACAAGAAGCACGAGACUAUGGUCAAGAACAUGGAGGAACUUGCAGAGGAUGUGCGCAAGAUGAAGGUCCAGUUCGACGAGGCUCAACGUGUCCCUCCUCCAGAGGAUCGACCCAAAGGUCUUGGGAUGAACCAAGCCGCUGAACCUUCGGAUCCUUGGGCUGAGUUUUACCGUCGAAAAGAGGGGAGAGAUGCCAAAAUACCUGGACCUCAUGGACAAGAACUUCCUGGAGAUCGUGCUGGUGAUCGUUCUGGAGACACUCUCUCUGAGGAUGAAAAGCGCACGCUGGUUAUUGGGGGGUGGGCUCGUGACACCAAACGCACCAUCAUUGAGACUGAAAGUGCGGUCCUGUUCACCACCGCGGGCAUCCAGGAGCUGAUCGACUCCCCGAAGCUCGCCAUCUAUGGGCCGCGACGAUCAGUUGGCAUGCUCAAGUUUAAUCAGCGCCAAGGGGAGAAUUUCGCGGACGUCAAGAACCGCAUGUGGGAGGUCAUUAAACUGGUUGCAAACACGAAGUUUGAACUCGGCAGCACUCGUGAGUUUGGGGAGGUCAAGAACAUGUGGGCAAGCUUUGUGAAAACUCGCAACGCCCGGAUGAAAAGCGCCCAUGUUUCGAUGGUGCGACGAGUGUGCUGUGACCUUGCCAUGUCGUCCAAGAACGCCGAGGGAGGAGUUAAGAAUCUUGCUUGCACUCAGUUCGCGGCAUACGACUGUGACUGGUCUUUGGGGACGAUUUGGUCGGGGAGCUUCAAACUUGCAAGCGCAACCCACAAACAGCCACGAGAAGCCGAAUGCAUACUUAUGCCCGGCGGCUGGGUGGCACUUGAUGCCAUCUCGGGAGUGACAGGACAAAACCUCCGCGAGACCGACGUCGCAGUGAGUGAUUCUGAGAUUGUGCUUGUGCAAGAAGUUGCAAGGGGAAAGGAAGGCUGGAGUUGUGAAGAUACCGACAACUUCCACUGGAUCACCCAUCGUCAUCAUGACCAAUGGAGAGCUACAGGGAUCGGCAUUGCCACUGACCGCCUUGACUCUAUCAUCCAUAAGGUGGCCUCUCCUCGAGGAGUCUGGAUCUUGGCCAGAAUUCACGGGCUGGGGAGAAUUGUCUGUGGUAGUAUGCACGGACACACUGGAGUCACAAACGCGGUGUAUCAAGGCGCCGUCCUGGAAUUCUUCUCGAAACUUCCGGCAAAGUGGCGCCAGUAUCCUCUCCUUUGCGGCAUAGAUGCGAAUGAGGUCCCGAAAUGGGAUGAGAUUGACGAGCAUGUCCUUGCAGUAGGUCAUUGUUCUGAAAACCUGAACGUCCUACUUGAUGAAGUCACAAAGAAUGGCUGCCGAGCAGUCCCCCCGUUCUUUGGCCAGAGAUGCCAACCUACACAUUUCCCACGAGAUGAAACCAGAGUUGGCAGACAGAUUGACAUGCUGAUCACUCGCAGUCUCCAUUGCCAAGAUGUCGUCAUUGAACCAGAUCGCCGAUACGUCAUCAACACCGAUCACGCGUUGCUGCAUGCCGAGAUUUUCAAUAAUGUCAAACCCCUUGCGCGACGUUGGGGGAAUGAUUCUAGAGCUCGCUGGGUCCAUAGUGCUCUUCCGGACACUGUCAUUGUGGAUGAAGAGGACCUCCAGACACUAGCCGGGGACUACACGCGUCCUCGCCGAAGCCUGGCUUAUCAUGACAGUGCCGACGUGAAGGACAUGAUUCAGCAGGCCAAACGGGAGAAUUGCAGAAAGACUUGGAAAAGAGUUCAUCGCUGUCGUCGACAAGACCGUCGCACGUGGGAAACGCAACGUCUUCAGCGGAUUCUAGUCGGAGGAUGGGAGGACUUUCGAGCCUUGCAGAACGAGAAGAAGAAGAAAAAGGGAUGGUGGGGACAGAUGCUGCAAUCACGCAGCUCACAACAACUAACGGCUGAAGUCAAAGAUCAUCUCGUGAACAAGAUGGUCAGCCCUUGCAUGCAUGAUUGGGAUGAAGUCCUUCAGCGUCGAAUCGAAGCACUUCCUUCUCCCUCUGAGUCUUGCCCAUUUCAGCCGUUCAGUCUCCUUGAGAUCCGAACCGAGCUGCAACAGAUGAGAUGCCGAAGUGCUGUGGGACCUGACGGUAUCAGUGUCCAUUUGCUCCGGGAAAUCGCAAGCCACGAUACUUUAGCUCCCCAGCUGCUUGAUCUUGUGAACCACAUUGUGAGGACGCAGGAAUCCCCGCGCAGCUGGGCGGUGAGCUUCCUGGCGCUAUUGGCCAAAUGCAAUGAGCCGACCAAAGUUGGAGAGUUAAGGCCCAUUUGUGUGAGCUCUGCAUUCAACAAACUGGUUAAUCGCCUGGUGUGCAGUCGUGCUCUCCCUAAAUUGAGACGGGGCUCACGAAUUUCCGCCUGUGGGAGUGGGAGACAAGCAGCAGACCUCAUCGGGAGUGUGUCCCGCAUUCGUGAUGUCGUCCAUGAGUGGCGAUUGCCUUGCCUGCUCUGCAAGUUGGACGUUGCAGGUGCAUUUGACAGAGUUGACCGUCGUAAGGUCGCUGAUCUAUUAUGCAGCCGCCUCGAGAACGAAGAGAUUCCGGCUGAACUUCGCUAUCUCCUGUCGCAAUUACACAGCCAUGAGCUAGUUGGGAACGUUCCGGGAGGACAUUCCAUCCGUCUUUCACCAAACAACGGAAUAAAACAAGGUGCACCUGAGAGCGCCGAAAUCUUUGGACUCCUGGUUGAUUCCCUUCUUUCUGAACUGGUGAGAUGUGACAGAUGGCAGCGAAUGGGAGGACUGUGUGAGGAUCUGCUGGUCUCCUUGCUGUUCUACCAGGACGAUGUUUUCCUAGUAGACAGUGACCUGACGAGGCUCAUCAAGAAAAUUCGGAUUGUUGACCGAUGUCUUGCUCAAGCUGGACUACGCCUUGCAACAGAGAAGACAAAGAUUGUGGCUAGCCCGGAAUACACUGGUGCCCGCUCUGCGAAAGUCGGGGAGGACUUCUACCAGAUUGCCACUGAUGACGAGUCCCUGAAGGUCCUCGGUGUCAAUUUCUCCUUCUGUGCUGGACCCAGUCAACAGGCACAAGAGCUUCUGGGUCGUGCGCGGGCUGCGGCGGCUGCACAUGAUGACAUUCUCCGGGCCCAUGGUCCUUGGACCAAGAAAAUCGACAUGAUCCGCUGCCUUGUUGAGUCCCAGUGGUCGUGGACCGCGGGAGCUGUGCACUGGAGUUCCCAAGAUUUAAGUGCUGCCAACACAGCCCAAUUACAAUUACUUCGGCGAGUCUUCGGCAUCAGACGUCUACAAAGCGAGACAUGGGUGGACUGGAACAAGCGAUCCAUACGAUUUUGCCGAGUCUGGCUUGCCAACAACGGCUACCAGCGCUGGAGCACAAAGAUACUGUCGAUGCAGCACAACCUGCACGGUCAUUGGGCACGUAGAAUAGAGCAUGAUCGUGAUCGGGAUGAACUCUUCCCAAGUCUACCGAUGCAGGCUCUUCUUUGGCGCAGCACUCACUGGUGGAGAUUCCAGCAAUCACUUAGUGACUCGAUUGGAAUGCGCCAUCCGGGGAGAUUCUACGCCUCCAACCCCGAGCGACAAAUCUCAGAAGCACAUGGAAGUCUUUGGCACGUUCUGGCCCAAAAUCGGGCUGAAUGGUGCACAGCGAGAGCGACAUAUCUCCAAGCGUGGGAUGUGAAAUGGUCUAGCGGCCGACAGCUUGCACUACGUUUCUGA